AUGGAGUCUGAGUUGCUGAAUUCUUCAGCUGACAGUGUUCAUUAUGGAGGAAAAAGUGCCUUCUCUCAGAUGGAACACAAUAUCGUCGCUGGAUACCUCAUCACUGCAUGUGUGAUUAGUUUAUCCAGUAACAUCGUGGUGCUGCUGAUGUUUGUGAAGUUUAGAGAGCUACGCACUGCCACUAACGCCAUCAUCAUUAAUCUGGCCUUCACUGAUGUGGGUGUGGCUGGCAUUGGUUACCCCAUGUCUGCAGCAUCAGACCUCCACGGCAGCUGGAAAUUUGGCUACACAGGCUGUCAGAUCUAUGCAGCUCUGAAUAUUUUCUUUGGCAUGGCCAGUAUUGGGCUACUCACUGUUGUUGCCAUCGACAGAUACCUUACCAUCUGCAGACCUGACAUUGGACAAAAGAUGACCGCACGCUCAUAUACACUCCUGAUCGUAACAGCAUGGUUGAAUGCUGUAUUCUGGUCCUGCAUGCCCAUAUUAGGCUGGGCCGGCUACGCUCCUGACCCCACUGGAGCCACCUGCACCAUUAACUGGAGGAACAAUGAUGCGUCUUUCAUUUCCUAUACAAUGGCUGUGAUAGCUGUUAAUUUCAUCAUGCCGCUCUCCGUCAUGUUCUACUGUUACUACAAUGUCUCUAUGACUAUGAAGAGAUACAAGGCCAAUAACGGCUUGGACAGCAUCAACAUGGAUUGGUCUGAUCAGAUGGAUGUGACCAAGAUGUCUGUUGUGAUGAUUCUGAUGUUUUUGCUGGCCUGGUCUCCAUACUCCUUGGUGUGUUUGUGGGCGUCGUUCAGUGAUCCCAAAAAGAUUCCUGCCCCCAUGGCGAUCAUUGCACCUCUCUUUGCCAAGUCCUCCACUUUCUACAACCCCUGCAUCUAUGUCAUCGCCAACAAGAAAUUCAGGAGAGCCAUCAUCGGCAUGCUACGGUGUCAAACCCGACAACGAAUCACCAUCAACAACCAGGUCCCUAUGACAAUUUCCCAGCUGCCUCUGAACCAGUAG